ACCAUGAAAGAAGCAGCACCAACCCACCGGGAGCCCAUGUGCACGCGAACUGGGAAACAGUGACUGUCUUCAGCGUUAUGCUCGCGCUGUGUCCUUGAAGUCCAGCCACACAGGAGGACAAAGAGGCAAGACAAUGCCGUUCACCGCUCCAUGUGUACUGAAUAUGCUGUUAGACAACCAUCACCGAUUUCCGUGAAGGCACUAGCUAGCUGACGUUAGCAGUGGAGAUUAUUGGUUACAGCUGUGUGAGAGCUGUGAGCUUUACCGUAGUUCAAGGGGCCAAACCGACUGCGGGUGUAUAAAGCGUUUUUAUCUGUUUUCUGUAGAAGAUGUCUUCAUCGAAAGCGAAGAUGAGGGAGAAGAAGAUGAAAAACCAGCCCUCCAGUGUGCAGUACUCACCUUCGACCACACAGAACGGAGGGGGCGCUGUGGUCUCUGGUAAACUGCUCUGUCAUUAUACCUGCUGCAGUGCCAUCAGCUGUUUAUGGGCUCAGAAAAACGCCAUCAUCUUUGCAUCUCCUCUGUGUAGAAAUUGUCAAACACAUCCUUAAAUCUCCAGUACAGUUCAUGAAAACCCUCAGACCCACUGGGCGUAUGCAGUGUCAGAUUUCUAGUACUGGGGAUGCCUGGGGUCACCUGCAUGGGCCUUAGUUGUAGUUCAGGCUUUACACGUCUGUUUAUCAUUGCACAUAUAUGCGUUGGUGAAUUCAAACUUUUAUUGUGUCCAGUUGAGUGGGGCAGAUGUUAAUUCAGGUUGGAAGUCUGCUUGUGCCUUGGAGGAUGCAGUUUUUGUUUGAAAAACAUGCUAGCACUGAAACUAACUACAUUGACUCAGAUCACGGUAACUAAGCAGCAUUUUUAGUGUCCUUGUAGUUGUAUUUCUUUCAAAUCAGCACUUAUACUGAAGUUUUUUCAGUGUGAAGAAUUUCUCCUUUUCUUAAUCAGUAUCACCUGAUGUUUUGAUGAACAACCAUUUUAUGGAGUCAUGCAUGGUUUAAUCAUUACAAGAUCCUUCAAAGUUGUAAAUAUAUGAACAGAUUCUGCUUUCCUGGGUCAAUAGGUCAGAGCCAGAUACUAACUCUCUCAAACCCCACAUUACAACCAGAGGUAGACAGUGAGCCACAACCUGAUUCUUAUCUCUGUAAGCCCCCCUGUAAGCGAAAUAGUUUACUGUGAACUCUUUUCACAGCAGGCCAUGGCAGUGACAUAAGUAAUAUUUUAAUGGUUAACAACAGAGGUUUCCCUUGCUGAAAAUAAGGCUGAGAAUCAAGUUCUUUAUUUCUGGUAUUCUGCACUGCAAAACUACAGUUCAGCUGUGAUUUUCAGUAAAUAUUAACAUUAGCUUAAUUAAACUUCAAAAGUCUCAAAAGCAUAUUUCAACUCACUAAAAGCCAAAAAUCUGACCUGACUUAAUUUUAAAAGCGUGGGAAAAAAAUCUGCCAAUGGGGUCAGGAAAAACCAUGUAUUAUAUUCAUAUUUAUGUAUUACAAACAAGAGCAAUUCAAGAGCUUAACAAGGAAACAGUUCUACAGAGCGUCCUCGACAAAGUCUGUCAUUAUCUGGUAAAAACUCUUGGUAAAUCAUGCUUGUAUGUAAUCUGAUUAGACUUGUACUAGCUCUAAAAGGGCAAAAUCAUGGUCUUUCCCAAGGUGGUGGUCAGUUGAUGGAGAGGCCAAAGACUCCUCAUCAAUCAGCUGGAUGGAGCCGUGGACACCAGAGAGAUGGAGGAAGCUAUGCCAAAGAGAUGCCCAAGUGUAUUACAGGUGAGGACAUUUUUCAGCUGUGGAGAAUUCACUCUGUGCUGGAGUCUGCAGUGUUUUGGUGUUAGACCAACUUGUAUUUUAUAAAGUCACAAGGAACGAAAAUAAGUUUUAGUUACUUUUAAAGAGUGACGCGGUGCAGCAGUCGGAUAAAUCAAGUGAAUGACUCUCCAAUCACUCUACCAACAUCACUUAGCUGGGGCAUUUGCGAGGGCCAGGGCAGCUGAGGUGAGCAGCAUGUUGAAAGCUGUCAGGAAGACCACAGGCAGCUGCCAUGUGUUUGGUGCCCUGCCAAAACACAUGAGGAGACGAGCUAUGAGCCACAACACCAAGCGGCUACCUCGCAGACUGAGAGAUGUGGCCGAGCGAAUGGUAAGCUUCAAAAGUGGCAGAACCGAUUCAUGUUCUGUGCCUCCAACGUCUGAAAGGACAUUUUUCUUACAGCGAGAGAAAAGCCUCCAAGCUGGAUCCAAAAAGAAGGAACAGGCAAAGAACAAAAGCCGCAAGGCCCGGCGGCGGCAUGGAAAUCUGCUGCUGGAGUUCAACCGCCGACAGAGGAAGAACGUGUGGCUGGAGACCCACAUUUGGCACGCCAAGCGCUUCUUUAUGGUUAAAAAGUGGGGCUACUGCCUCGCAGACAAACCCACCAGCAAGUGUUACCGUCCUUGCUACAGGGCAUUGAGCAGCCACUGCCUCCUACAGGUAGCUAUUGAAGGUUUAGGAUAUGUUUUUUUUCAGAUAUGACUUUAUUACGUAAACUGCAUUUAAGUAAGAGAGACCAUUUUCAGGACCUUUCCUACUACUGCUGCAUCGAGCUACAGGGAGAGGAAAACAACCUUCUGGCUUCUCUGUCUCAGCUAACAAGCAAGGAAACUGGUGAGAGUUCUUUACAACAACCAGAGAUGAAUAAUCUGCUUCCUUUUUAUUCCUGUUUUCCUUGUUUAACUUUAAAAUAGCCGUUUCAGGUUAAUGAUGAACUUGAUUACAGAAAUGCAUGAAGCUGAGCUUUGAUUAGGACCAUUACAGAAGUUGCAGUUCCGUGUUAGAGUAAUUUAUAUGCAUGUGGUUGUUUUUUCAGGCCCUACAUUUGCUGCAGCAUUGAGUCUAUCAGGGCAGAAACAGGGCAGUGUGGUGAUGUACAGAGCAGGAUGUUACCCCCUGCAGCCCUUGGGCCCUGUCACCUUCCUCUGGAGACCACAGUCACAAGGAUCAACCCUCAGGCAGUUAUGGAUUUGGGCUCAUCCCACAAUGAAAAAGGUACCGUUGGUUUUCCAGAUGUAAUGACAUUUUAAAGAUUUUAAAAAAAAAUCACAUUCAGGGUCCAUAGAAGUUGUAUAGUCUUUGAUAGUUUAUACACAAGAGUGUGUGGUAUCUACAGUAAUUGUUUGUACUUUGUAGGACCUUCUGACUGAACUGCAAACUGUGUGUCAGUGUGAUGAGGCUGUCGCUCCUCCAAUUGUUCCCAUUGAGCAAAAGCUCCCAGUGACCCCUGAAGACAAGCAGAUAGCUGGAACCAAGAGAAAACAGACUGUGAAGGAUAUUUCAGGACCCCCUGCCAAAAAACUCCUCGGAGAUGGUACUAGAUCUCCCACUACUCCAGUUAGCUGGAAGUCAAACUGCACUGGAACCAUCAUCAAGUCAGUGUUUUAAAUUGCAGAGUGAAUUAAAUUUCACUUUGGUGAAAAGCCUUCACAGCUGAUGUCACAGAAGUAUUUGAUUUGAAGUCUUUGUAUUUGUUGCAGUGAUCUCACAAUGGAGAUGGUACGCUUUCGUCUUAUUGGACCCCAGUCUCACACUGUUCUGGCAGAAACUCUGGAAGUGGCCACAAAAUAUGGUGUAAGAAUAAAUGUGUUAGAAAUACGACGAAUACAGCACUUGAGGAGUAUCUGCAUCAUCAACAAGUGUGUUUUAUUUUGUUUGAAGGAGAGUGAUAAACUGAAGCCCUCCUCCCUCUGGUGGCCCGAACACUGCAAAGAAGAGAGCAAGAUGGUUCUGCAUCAAGAACAAGCUGAUGCCUAUCACUUACUCAAAGGUGAAUUGUUAUCGGGGUUGGAUAGGUGCGUGUAUUCCUGUUGGAGCAUUUCAGUGCGCUACUUCAGUUUGGAUCAGUUGUGUAGCAAAGCAUCUUAGGAAGAGGAAAUUAUUACUAAAAGUUUGUGAAAUCACUUUGAACCCAAAGGUCUCCGCAAAGGCUGGAAAACAGGAGUGUACCACACAUGAAGCAUGCGUCGCUCAUGCUCUAGACUACUGAAACACCAAGUUGGUUCCAGGGCUAAUUCAGAGCCAGUGCCUGAUUUGAAAGCAGCUCUUUGUGUUUUUUUUUUUACCACCUAACAGCUGGCUCUCAGACAGAAAAUAUGUACCACAGGAGCACCAACUCAUUGCUGGGCUACAAGACAGAUCUGUUUGGAUGAGGGGCUGGAGGCUGGUUGUGGUAGUCCAAAUGAAACUUCCCUUAACUUGCUGCAGAGUGCAGCUUUUAGUCUGGGAGCUCAAAAUAACUCAGUAACUCAAUUCCAACAGUAAUAAGGUCUAUGGAGUUAAUGUUAGGAUAAUUAAAUGUACCAAAUAUUUACCUGUCUUCAACAUAACCGCUAUUUAUAGCCACCCUGACCAUAAGACGUAGAUUAAAAAGACAGGUGUAACUCUUGAAAGGGCUUUUCUCCAUUGUAAUUGUGAUUGAGAAUGAGGGUGAACUUAGUUUACAGUAAACUGUUUUUUUUCUGUCCGUUUAGCUGGGAAUAUUUCAAAAUUGAAGCCACACAGAAGAACUUUGUAACAGAAGCUCUGAAUACCCAUGUAUACCCAAUAAGUUUGACCAGCAAUAAAACAAAAACAGCAGGGAUCCAAAAAGAACGGAUUUAAAAUUUGUCAUGAACUAAUUACUUUAGUAAUCUUACUGUGACACAGCAGCAUGUCAAUUCCAGCUGCACCAACAGUCUGGAAGGGGAGACACGUUUUUAAUCAGUGCUUUUUUUAGACCUUUCAGGCCACUGGGCUGAAAUGAAUACUGGAUCGUGUCAUUUCCUGUUAGUGAGAGAAAACACCUCAUCGUGUCCACAAUAGGAAUGAUCGAUUGAUCAUAUAAUUGACAUGCCCACCCCUCAAGUGUUGAUUAGGACUGCAUGCUACAUGUCUACUCGAGCUCCCUACCUGCCAGGUGUUACCGUAAUGAAACGCUAAAAUCGGGGACAUUCCAGUCCCCUGAAAUCGAGACGUCUGGUCACCCUAUGCUUCCUUCUUGCUAGCAAGGAGCUGAUGGUAGUUUGAGAUUGAGAGCUCUCGUAGGAUUCACCUCAGUCGGAUAAAUGUGGUUCAAGUGGUAUAUCUUUGGGGUCAGUAAUGCAGGUGUGAAAUUGAUCAUUUGCCUGGCUCUGAAAAACAAACAUCCCUCAAAGUAUGAGAAUAUCUUCUUUUGUGUUUAAAACUGUCUCAUUGUUAUGUGUGUUCAUCUAACCAUAACUAAAAUUCAUACAGGCAUCCUUUCGGCUGGAGAGCUGCCCCCUGGUACUGUGCUGGGUCUGACUGUAGAAGACCCCCGACUGACUUUACCCACAAAGAAACUUAAAGCUUUGCCCAGUGUACAGAAAGCACAAGGUAAAACCUAACCCACCAGGUUCCUCAGUACUCUCUCACCAGCUGUUAUCACAGACAUGGACUUGUGUUAUAGUGGAUCUUAGCUGAGUCUCAUCCAUUAAAUAAAAGUUCUUUAGUGGAGCACUGUAUCAGUUUUUGUUUUUGGUCCUGAUGUUGUUUCAGUGAGUACAAUACUGGUUCUGUGCUCUAGGAGGCCUCUGCUUGGUCAUGCAGAUGUUCCAGGUUCGAACCCUGGCAGGACCUUGUACUCUGAGCAAUACCUCAGCGACAAAAGACAACUGAUUUAGUGGCAACAAAGAGAAACCGAUCAAGGGUUUUUAUCACUCCACUUCAGUUUCAAGUCCAGUCACAGAAACAUCAUCUCCAUGAUAUGAAUACCGGAUCCAAAGUUUAAUACCAUUACGUAAUUACACAUACAUUAUUCUUUGGCAGAAUUUGCCAGCGCAGUCUCUUUACUGUGCUGAACCGCCCCUCAUGCUCUUUUCAUACUCACACCGCCACUAACUGGUUGAUGCUGUUGUAUGAAGUAACCUCUUGUAUUUUAUGAAGGAUGUGAAAAACUUGCUUUAGAGAAAAGGAGUCUUGCAUGUAAAAGUGAGGGUGCUUUGACAGAAAUUGUAUGCAACCAGGAGAUGAUCACUGAUGCACAAGCCAACAGGGACACACUGACAGGGCCAUAAGUCCACCAUCAUUGAGGUUCAUUGUCUGCCUGUGCUGUGUGUCUGUUUCAGAGGUGGAUGAGGAGAAGAGUAGGGAGCUGAUGUUGAAAGGAGUACCAAAACACUGCUGCCAGAGUUCCCUUUGGGAUCGCUCGGUCCGGGACAAUGUCACUGAAAACAGGAUUUCAGAGAAGGCAUUUUUUCAUUGUUGUGCUAUCAGAAAUGAACAGCAGUAACGUGGAGUUGUUGCACUGUCACAUUUCAAAUCUUCUUUUACAUAAUCAGCAUUUCUCCCAUAGUAAUCUGGUAUUAUUUAUCUCUACCCUAGCAAUAUCUCUGUAUCACCCACAGGAGCUGAACCACUUGAGAGGUGAGUUGCUGGUCCCAGGCUCCAGGCUUAGCCCCGCCCCACCACAGAGCUCAGUCCCUGUUCUGCUUGUCCAUCAGCCUGGCAAGCAGUUGGGACAUGAGAUGAGCUCUUGGGGGGCUGGAUGGGACCUGCUGCUACCUAAAGGAUGGGGCAUGGCUUUCUGGAUUCCACUGGUAAGAUACCGAAGAAUCCUGUGAACUGAAAUGUAUCUUUAGUAACAUCUACACAGAAUUUUGUCCUCUGCACAAAGGUUAGGUAAAGUUUGGUCAAAAUACAGCCAAAAGUGUCAAGAAUAAAGGUGCAGCUCCAAAAAUUUGAGUGCCCCUAAAAGUUCUUUUUUUUUCAUAAUUUGAUAUUAAAAGUGAAACUUCCAGAUUAAUCUAGAUUCAUCACACACAAGUGAAGUAUUUACGGACUCCUUUUGUUUGAAUCUUGAUGAUUACGUCUCGCUGCUCAUGAAAAUCAAAAAUCCACAACAUCAGAAUAUUACAAAAAAAGGGAUUUAUUUACAGACACGUGGACCUUCUAGAAAAUUCUCUUCAUUUCUGCUCUUAGUUCUUGGUCUUCUUGGUUCUUAGUUCUCCUUUUGAAUUCCUGCAUCAAUCUGACAUAUCAUGAAGUCAGUCUGUGUCUCUGCUGGGGUCUUAUUGAAGUCCAGGUCUCUAAUAGCUCCUUCAGCUCGUCUGUAUUGAUGAUCUGGUGUCCCUCAUCUUAUCUUGAUGACGCUCCAGAGAUCCUCUUCAGAGAGAUCCUCCUGGGUUUCAGAUCAGACCAGUUACCUGGACAAUCAAGCACAGUAACAGGUUCUGCUGGAAAAGGAAAUCUGUAUUUCCAUAAAGCUUCUCAGCAGAUGAAACAUAAGACCACCUGGUAGACUUUAGGCUGCGUUGACCCUGGACUUGAUAAAACACAGUAGACCAGCUAGAUGACAUGGUCCCCCAAACCAUCACAGACUGUGGAAACUCAACUCUGGACUUUAAGCACCUUUGGUUCACGGCCUCUCUGAUCUUCCUCCUGACUCUGUGACCCUGAUUUCCAAAUGAAAACAAAAUUAGCUUUCACCCGUAAACAGGAAUUUGGACCACACAGCAACAGUCCAGUUCUUUGUCUUCUUAGUCCAGGUGAGACUUUGAUGGCAUUGUUUCUGGUUCAAGAGUGUCUUGACAGCAGAGCCAUGACACUUGUAGUCCAUUUCUUGGACUUCUCUGUGUGUAGAGACCCUUGAUGCUCUGACUCCAGCCUCAGUCCAGUCCCUGAGAAGUCCCCCUAAGUUCUAGAAUCUUCUUUGUUGGUCUUCUCAAGGCUGCUCUCAUCCCUGUUUUUUGGUCUCCUUUUCCUCUCUCACGGGGAGUCCUGUAAAAGGUGUUUCAUUGAUGGACCACGUGUUCUCGGGUAGUUUUUUUUUUCAGUCAUACUUUGUGUUCAUGUCAGUGCUUGAAAUAUUGAGUUAAACUAGUACCUCUGUAACUGUAAUGGAAAGAACCCUGAAAUUGACUGUUGAUUUUUUAAUGUAUGGUUUCUGCUUCUCCCAGGUGUACAGAGGAGUCCGCACCGGUGGGCUGAACAUGAGUCUGAAACAUUCUCAGAAUAAAGGAGUCCCCCACUUCCCCCACGACUACCCAGACUGCACUUCGGGUGCUCUCUUUCAGGAUGAGCAGGAGGCAGAGCUCCUGGAAAAGUUCAGGAGGUUGGUUGAAGAUUGUGCAGGAAUAUUAACCAGAAAAUAUCAUUCAUGAAAAAUACAAAGGACUGCUGUGGCUGGAAAAAUCUGGGGACCAAAGCUAGAGGAGUUGGGGUACUGCAUAAAAUGACUAUAAAACAGGAUUUGGUGUUUAAUUAAGAAUUAAUCAGAAUGCAACACUCUUUUUGGAAAUUCUGGACAACCACCAGAGGGAGGGACUUGUUGUCUUCUUAUCAGCACACAGCUCAAAAAUCAUCCCUGACUGUAUGGGGAUUCAUAAGCUCCCACAGCAUGGCUACUUGACACAUCUUGGAAAGCAAGAGUAAAGCUGAGUGGUUUAGGGAAUUAAUCUUGCCAUCAAGACCUUAAGGCCUGUGAAGAUGUGAAAUUACUUUUGGACAUAUUACCUCAGCUCCUGGCUCUGAAGUCACAGGUUAGAAUAGAAAACUGUCCUGCCUGCAGACCUGGAUCACCCCCACUUGAAAAUCAUUUAACGCACAAAACACACAAUUAAAGAGACCCUGAAGCGUUGUGCAGCUGAAUCCUAAAUCGGCCAAUCAUAGGGCAACAUAUCACAUUGAAAACUCCAGGAACAGGUCUUCUGUGAACCGGUUGAAUUGUUGCAUCAAGCAAAGUUUUCAGGUCCAACUCCUUAAUUGUUAUUUUUGCUCAAUUUUUAGUUAAAUAUCAGCUCUAAAUGAUUGUCAAACCACCACAUCCUGUCUUUAUGAAUAUUUGAACGGCGGAAGUCUUUCAGAUUUCCGUUUAUGACCCAGCACAUCUUGUGUCUGGGUCUUUUCUUCAAUGUCUAUAAACAGUUCUAUUUUACAUUUAAAUUACCACUAUCCUGCAGCAGUGAUUAUGUCUGUAGACUGAUUUGAUGAAAGGAAACACUCCAGCCUGCUUUAUUGGCUUAUGCAGAUUUUCCUCCAAAUGCAGAGGAGAUAAAAAUAAGUCUGCAGGCUGCUGCUCUCUGCUGCUCCUCCACUAUAAGCUGCUUAGCGGUUAUGGUAUGUUAAAAUAUAUUGACAGGGUUGCCCUGACAGUUUGACAAAGAUUUAACUCUGUGAUCUUUUCCACAGGCGUCCACCAGCCAAAAGGACCAAUUACAUCAAACAUGGCUGUCUGGCUCCAUUCCGUUGCCCCUGGCAACAGCUGGCAGAGGAGUGGGAGCUUAUAUUAAUAGAAGAGGGGAAGAAGAAAGACAGCCAGACAACAAGAGGGGCUGACGAGGUGAUCAAAGAGGAGACGACAUCGCUCAGAGACAUGACUGCAGCAAAGCCUGUCAGCUGUGUCAGCGUACUGAGGUGACUGUCUUUACAUACAUAUCGUACAUGUUUUAUGAAUGACACCCAUCAGCCCAAACAGGAGCACCAUCCACUCAGUAAUAGUGUAGCCUCCUCCCAAGUCAAACAGCUCUGACCUGACGAACAUGGACUCCGCUUGACACCUGAAGGUGUACCGAUACAUCAUCAGAGAUCCUUUCAAUUCCUUUUAAGCUGCAUGGUGGGCCUCCAUGAGUAGGACUUGGUUUUCCGUCAGGUCCCAAUGUAUACUUAAAGCAGUUCUUUAACCUUAAUGAAACAUCUCUAUGGGGCUUAACGGGGUCAGUGAAACUGCGAGUCAAUAUUUGGUGUUAAAUUUCAUUAAUGGAUGUUUGCUGCUUUUAUGCUUUUUAGGUGUAGGAAAUCCCUGAGGCUGCUCUCUGGUUGGUGCAGACCCACAACAUCUAAAGGCCAAAGGCUGUGUCGCGUCGAGAAGGUGCCACAGCUUGACCAUCCCGCUAUGACAUCCUUCCUCACAGCACAUGGAAUGAGCCUGGUGUGGGUGCGUCUCUUGAUGCCAUCCAAGGGCAAGCCAGAGCUCCAUGCGAUAGUUUGUGCGCCAACAGCAGAGGACCUGCAACUCCUGGACAAAGGACCAGGCAGCAGUGGCCCCCAGGAGCCCUUGCACAGAGACCACUUUAAAAGCAGAAGGAAAGGCUCCACAAAAACAGCUACAUCCUCUUUGCCUUCAGAGAAAAGUGAGGGUCAAAUGUCACAUCUUCUCACCGCCUCUGAAGAGCCAAAACCGUCUUCCAAGGCCUCUUCAGGGUUUACAGCCGGGCUGUGGCCGGACCCUUUACCGAGUGUCACCUCUCACUGCUCAAGGGUGACCUUAGGCUGGGUCACUCAGGGCGACUUCUCCUUGUCUGUAGGCUGCGGGGAGGCUCUGGGGUUUGUCAGUGUUACUGGACUCCUUCAAACACUUUCCAACCAGGAAAUGAAACACAGAGGAAUCUUGCUGCUGCGCAACCCUACCUCCCUGCACUACCGUUUUGUGAAAGUUACCAUCGAGGUCUGAUUGAAACAUCAGAGCAAAACUGAACUCUCUGAAAUCUUUGAUUUCAAGGUGAUGCCAGAAAGAUGGACUUUACUUCUUUUCCACAAAGAUGUAGCACUCUACUUAAAGUUAAAUGAUGUAUCAGUAAGUGCCAGUUUGGAUUGUGCCUUUAUCUAUUUUACAGAGUUGAACACAGUUGCAUGCACAGGGCAGGACUGCAAAUAAUCUGGCAGUACUUCCUGGUUACAUUUGAACAGGUUGGGUUUCAUUUGUGUUUUCUCCUUAAAUAAAGCCUUCAUUAAUGUGAUGCCUCUCAAAGAGAUGAGUGAAACUCAUGUUGAGUAGGGUCAGUUUCAGUUAAAUAAAUGUUGUUGUAGUUGUGAGCUGUUGUCAUCACAUAAGUGGUUGAGUUACUUGAACUCAGCUGAGUGUCAGGAGGACUCUCAGACAUCUCCAGUUUUCUAUCACUCUGUUGCUGGCUCUGCAGCACGGGGUAAAAAGAUUAAAUCCUCUUCGCUUCCUUGUCAUUGGUGGCAGUUUAUCUUCUCUGUCCUUAUUGCAUCAGGUAACGGUUAUGUUCAAACAAAAAUAAAAGAAAAGUGGUGUUAACAGCUGACUGAGCACCUCUGCAUUGUAGAUGAAUUGCUAAAGACACAAGAUAAUAAAAUAAUCAUACUGCUCUUGUUACAACAGGGCUCUCAAGUCUCACGCUGAGAAGUGAUAAAACUCGC